AGUCUUGAAAGGUGUUAAUGGAGAAGAGGUCGGAUGACAGCCGGAACUGUGGUCAUCACAGGCGGAAUAUUAGCAACUGUCAUUUUACUGUGCAUUAUAGCAGUCCUCUGCUAUUGCAGGCUCCAGUAUUACUGCUGCAAGAAGGAUGAAUCAGAAGAGGAUGGGGAUGAGCCAGACUUUGCUGUGGACUCCCACAUUCCCCCCCUGCAUUGCAACCGCAACGUAGCUCUGACCAACGGCCCCUCCCUGUACCACUCCUCCACUGCCACCUCUCCCUACAAGAAGCCUUCACAAUGCCGGACACUCUGCUCAAACUGCUCCCACUAUGAGCCACCCACCUUCUUCCUCCAAGAACCAGAGGAGGAUGUCCGCAAUGGAGGAGAGCUGGUCAGCUACAAGGCCUUGAGCCAAGAAGACCUGGGGCGGCCAGUCAGCCUAGGAGGCAUGCAGGCUCUCAACCCCAACCGCCUGUCAGCCAUGCGGGAAGCCUUCUCCCGCAGCCGCAGCAUCAGCACUGACGUCUGAGCAUCACCUGUGGCAGCCACGCAGGGGCUGACUCAGUUGUUGGCUGCCAGCCUGGCAGGGCAAUGCAGCCCUCCGAGGGGCUGUUUUUUCCCUUCAGACCUCUGCAGCUUUUAGACAUGACACUGCUCUUUUAAAGGAAGAAAAUCCAUGGGAAGACUUUUAAAAAGAUGAAUGUAUUUAUAUGUUAUGUAAAAGAUCAGUUUAUCU